AAAACAGUGUCCACAGCCUGUGCGCCGCCGCCGCUCGCCCCCUAACGCCAUCUUACACAGAAAGGGGCUUUAAACCGGGACAAAACCACCGGGGAACGGGAGCCGGAGGAGCGAACGCGUGAUUUCCGCCCGUGUUGUGACUCCCCGACCCGCCCUGGGGGGGAACCAGCCGCGGGGUGUUGUUUUUUUCUGGCGUUUUUACAACACCGAGUAAAGCCGCGAGGAAAUCCGCGAGCCGCUGGUUAGCCUCCAGCUAGCUAGCGAGGAGGAGGAGGGGCGGGGGGUUGAGUUUUGUUUUUUUCUUCUUCGCUGCCGAAGUUGUUUGUUUAUGUUAUUCCACACGGACAUGUCCUCUGCAGACCCAGAGUUACCAGAUCCAGAUCUGGGUAUGGGGGCAAGUGGGACCCAAGCAGGUGGCGGGGCUGUUGUGCCAAAAGGGUCCAACAAGAGACGAGCUGCGCCAGACUUUGACGAUGAUGACGGAAGCAAGUUGUUCAGGUGUGAUGACGAAACGCCGGGCUCCAACAAUGACAAAGAGCGCUUUGCCAGGGAGAACCACAGUGAGAUUGAGAGGCGGAGGCGCAACAAGAUGACCGCCUAUAUCACAGAAUUAUCAGACAUGGUGCCCACCUGCAGCGCUCUUGCAAGGAAACCAGACAAACUAACUAUCCUACGAAUGGCAGUGUCCCAUAUGAAGUCUCUGAGAGGAAGUGGCAAUACCAAUGCAGAUGGGUCGUACAAACCUUCCUUUCUCACUGACCAGGAGCUGAAGCACCUCAUCCUGGAGGCAGCGGAUGGCUUCCUGUUCGUGGUGUCAUGUGAGACUGGUCGCAUUGUUUACGUCUCAGACUCUGUGACUCCCGUCCUAAACCAGUCACAGUCCGAAUGGCUCGGCUCAUCCCUUUAUGAUCAGCUCCACCCAGACGACACAGAAAAGCUCAGGGAGCAGCUCUCUACUGCAGAGAAUAACAACACAGGGAGGAUGUUGGACUUAAAGACUGGGACAGUGAAGAAGGAAGGACAGCAGUCGUCCGCAAGAAUGAGUAUGGGAGCCCGUCGCUCGUUCAUCUGCAGAAUGAGGUGUGGCUCGUGUCCAGUUGAACCGUUGUCCAUGAACAGACUGAACUUCCUUCGGAAUAGGAACAGGAAUGGUUUGGGUACUGCCAAGGAAGGGGAGCCACAGUACGUAGUGGUCCACUGUACAGGAUACAUCAAGUCUUGGCCCCCUGCAGGAGUAUCCUUAAAAGAUAAUGAAGCAGACAACACUCAGGGGAGUCGCUACUGUCUAGUUGCCAUUGGGAGAUUACAGGUUACUUGUUGCCCAGGUGACACAGACAUCAACAGUAUCAGUGUUCCAGUCGAGUUCAUCUCACGCCAUAAUUGCCAGGGCAUGUUCACCUUUGUCGAUCACCGCUGCAUGGCCACUAUCGGCUACCAGCCACAGGAUUUAUUGGGUAAGCAUAUUCUCGAGUUCGCCCACCCUGAAGACCAGGGAUUACUGAGAGACAGCUUCCAACAGGUGGUGAAGCUGAAGGGCCAGGUUUUGUCCGUGAUGUUUCGCUUCCGUUCCAAGUCGAGAGAAUGGAUCUGGAUGAGAACUAACUCCUUUACCUUCCAGAACCCCUUUUCAGAGGAGAUUGAGUAUAUCAUCUGUACCAAUGUCAACGUCAAUAGAAACUCGACUCAGGACCCCCUCACUCCCAUCUCCUCCCCAGGGGGCUUGCCUCCCCCUUCCCUGGGUCAGAGCGGCCCAAGCGGCCCUCCUGUAGUGCUCAGCCCGGGGCAGGUGGCCAUCAGGCAGUUCCAGCAGCAGCAGCAGGCCGAGCUAGAGGGAGGUGGAGCCAGAGACGGACUGUAUGAAGCAGGUCCAAUCGCCCUCUCACAGAUGCCAGUUCAGCCGGUGCAGCCGGUCACAGCUGCAGGACCCGACCACAGCAAGACCCUCGACAAGCAGGAGCUCUACUCCUCCAUUUUCCAAGGCCCAGAUCAGACCAAGGGCCUGCCCUCCACCUCCACUCCCUCCACACAGGUUUACCCUCAGGCCAACAACUUCACUGCUGGUCGACCCAAUGAUGCUUACGGGCCGGUCAGUAUGACUCCGCAGAUGGCACAGCCGGCCCACUCAGCUGGACAGAUGCUGGCUCAGAUGUCUCGUCAGAACGGAGCCCCGCAGUCGGUCACCCCCUCCAGCACCGGCAGCCCCCUCCAUGGAGGACCAGCAGGAGGAUGGCCUGGAGCUGGAGUGAGACCACAAUUUAAUAACCAGGUGGCUCCCCAGGCAGCGAAGACCAUGUCUCCACCGUUUGCUCCCAUGGGAGGAUUUGGAGGCGGCUCCUCGAACUCUUUUGGCCAGAUGCCUACAGGUGCUGCUCCCACCCCCACCAACGGCGCAGACUACCCACAAAUGAAUGCUCGUGCCAGCCUCAACACCAAUGGUUAUGACGGCUCUCAGUCCGGGGCUCAGUUUCCGUCUCGAGCAGCGGAGGCCGUGUGGCCACAGUGGCAAGGCCAGCAACACUCGCAGAGUAAUGCAGAGCAGCAUCCUCAUGCUCAGGGCAACCAGCAAGACAUGUUUCCUGAUGUGUUGUCCAUGCUGGACCAGCCUGCCAACUUCAACAGCGCUGACUUUGAGAUUCCCAUCUACUCUCCGUUCAACGAGUGACCUGGUCAAUACUUUCCCCGCUCGUCCAGCUCGUUUGUCACCUUGACUGUUUUUUGCCGUCACUCUUUCUUCUACUUCGCUCUUCUGCUCCUGAGUGUAGCACUCUUCCUUUGCUUUGCAUGGCUCAAACUGCACUGCCACAAGCCACUUAAAAGACGGAGGGAUUUAUCUGACUGCAGAUAUAUACGAGAGGACAAUCAAGCAUUUGCUACUGACUAAAAAGAAUAUUAUUUUAACAAUAUUCCAGCCAUUAUAAGAGAGAUCUCUCGCUAGCACUGCCCAAAAGCUCAACAACCUAUGUUGUAGAUAUGUGAUAUAUAUAUUAAUAAAUAUAUAAAAGCGCACAAUCACACAACCGCAUUUGAAUAAACUGCACAAUAAUACAGACACAGGAAGUAAACACAAGCAAACUAAGGCCUUUUAUGGGUGAAGAGUAUAGAGUGUAUUUUGCUGUUUUACCCUUUAGCACGUAGACUAAUCACACCAGUCAUUGAUUUAAACUCUCAGGAAAUUGCAGGGAUACGCAGCUCGGGUGAUUCAAAAGAAAUCUCAGAUGUUGCACACAAACCGCCACUGUCUUUGCUAACCCCACUCGCAGUUUUUUAAAUCCACAGCAUGUCUCUGCAUGUCAGCACUGCUUUCAUGGAACGCUUCUACAAUGUGUAGAUUUAUCCUUUUUUUUUGUAUGUACAUUGGUGGCUUCGCCUAUAAAUUCUGAUUAUUUCAUUUUUCCCCUUUUUGUUUUUCUUUGUGGAAUGAUGUGCUUAAACAACAGAUGCGCAAUGUUACAAUGACUAAGUACUGUUGGUCGAGUUGCCCGUUGGAAAUGUAUAAAAUCUAUUUUUCUUUGCCUACAUAUACAUAUAUACACUGCAUGUAUGUGUGUAUGUUAAAUGGAUGCGUACAGUGUCUUUAUCAACUUUAAUAGGGUUUUCAGAAUUACUCAAAAUCUGUCUCUUCCUGCAUUAACCUGUACCAAGUAUGGGCUUUUUGUACUCCUUUUGUAAAAGACAUUUAGAAAAAAAGAGAAAUCACACAGCAAUAAUUAACAAGCAGGAAUCGUAUACAUUUUUAAGCCAUUCUUUAUUGUUGUUAUCAAUGUUUUCCUUGAUUAAUGUUAUUUUGAAUUGGAGAAAUGUGGUAGUAGAUUUAAUUGAAAUAUUUUCCUAGUAUUUUUACUGUUAUUUCAACAACUUUUUAAUGAUCCCUUCACGUGUCCAUUGCCCGUUUCUGAUUGGUAUGUUAUAAACGGUUUGAUCGGGGUAUUCAGGAUCUGAAAAUGGAAUGAACAGAGCUAAAAGCAAGACGAUCUACAAGACAGAAUGUCCAGAAAGUGCUCAGUUUUUUGUGACAAACAUUUGGAUGAGGACUGAAUUUUUGCCAACAAGAUCUGACCACCUGUGUUUUACAAUCAGUUUUUGGAAAGUUUGUACCUUUAGAAGAAUUUUGUGUGAUGAAAGACAAUGCUUCGAGAAAAUAUUUAAGUUUUUAAAGUGUGGUAUUAGUUAAAAUUCGACCCUUUUUAUUACAGUAAUUCUAAAGUUUGUGCGUAACACUUGCACACUCUUCAUGACAAAUUAUGUAACUGUAUGUAAACCCAUGUUGAUAAUUGUCCAGUUUUUAUCUUCGAAAAGAUGUUGGUGACUGUGUUGUCUUUGUUAUUUUUGAAAACCUUUUUGGUUGCUCUGUAUCCAGGUUCUUUUCUCUCUUUUUUUCUCAAUGAUGUGAUCUUCAAUCACCCAUUAAACACAAAUAUAUAAAAAUACUGUAUAUGAAAUGUUAAAAGAGAAUGUUUGGUUUUUGUAUUAAAUUGUUAUAUUGUCAGAAA